GUUUACGUUAUCAUAUCAAAGCACCAAGAAGACGGUUGCAAAGCACCUCCGUUAUACAGCACACCGUCCGUCCGUUCGUCCGUCGAGAGAGUCGUGGGGGAGAGUUCUUGUAUAGUCGACACACAGAGACAGACCAACAGCGAACAGCCUGCGGUAACGAGUAUCUCUUUACCAACACCAGUUACGCUCGAAGAACUCUACGCGAACGCAAGCUGUUUUUUGAACGCUCCCUUUAUUAAAGAAACCACGAACCUUUAUUAAAGUUUUUUCGACAAAUUAAAAACAAAAACAACAACUAAUUUAUUUUAGAAAACAAUAAGUUUCGGUACAGAUCAAACUGGGUCGGAUAUUUUGUGAACGGAGUCGAAACGGGGUGCGAAACGAGGGUGAACCGCGUACGGAAUCCGCGGAAGAACGCGAUCAAGAAAAAGGAGGACAUCAUUCAUUUCUCAAAAGAAGAAAACUAUUUUUGAGGGGGAAGGAUCCGGGUAGAUACUGAAUCGUUUUCAUCUUAAUUGAAACCAUUUUCUGCUUGACGUAGAGGAGGGAACAAGUAAUCGCGCAAUGACGAAGGCAUACGAAGAAGAUAUUAACCGAAACGGUUCAACAAAAGACAACGAUGUAUACAUCGUGUCGGUAACAGGAGCUUAUGAUAAUGAUGGAUUCAAUAAAGGAGACGGUGACAAUGACAACUUUAAGAAACCGAUUCGGGAAAUUACCGAUGAGGAGGCUUCUCAACAAGGGAAGUUCAAGAUGUCCCGUAAGGAGAAAUGGCGCAUCCUGAAAAACGUAAGCGCCGUGUCCUUCGCAUUUAUGGUUCAAUUCACUGCUUUCCAAGGAACAGCAAAUUUGCAGAGCAGUAUUAACGCCAAAGAUGGCUUGGGAACGGUUUCCCUGAGCGCAAUCUACGCGGCCUUAGUUGUGAGUUGUAUAUUCGUGCCGACGUUUGUGAUUAAGAGGUUAACUGUGAAGUGGACGCUCUGUGUAUCGAUGCUGUGCUAUGCACCGUAUAUCGGAGCGCAAUUUUAUGCCAAGUUUUACACUUUGGUUCCUGCUGGGGUUUUACUCGGUCUCGGUGCCGCUCCUAUGUGGGCUUCCAAAGCUACCUACCUCACUCAAGUUGCUGGUGUUUAUGCCAAGAUUACCGAUCAAGCCGUAGAUGGUAUUAUUGUGAGAUUUUUUGGUUUCUUCUUUUUGGCAUGGCAAACAGCCGAGUUAUGGGGAAAUUUAAUUUCUUCACUAGUCCUUAGUAAUCCUCACGGAGGAUCUGGAUCAGCAAAUGAAACCAUCCUUGGCAAUUACGAAGCAUGCGGAGCAAAUUUCUGUAUUACGAAUAUCAACAACAACGAGAAUUUACACAGACCUGCUGAUUCAGAAAUUUACGAAAUUUCAGGAAUUUAUUUAGCGUGUAUCUUUGUGGCUGUAAUCAUUAUUGCCGUUUGCGUGGAUCCACUUUCAAGGUAUGGUGAAAAACAACGUAGAAAUAGUGGAGUUGAAUUAACGGGUAUUCAAUUACUUUCUGCAACCGCUUACCAACUGAAGAAACCUUACCAACAGCUGUUGAUUCCGAUUACAGUAUGGAUAGGUAUGGAACAAGCGUUCAUAGGAGCAGAUUUCACGCAAGCUUACGUGUCUUGUGCCCUUGGAAUACCAUCCGUUGGCUACGUAAUGAUUUGUUUUGGUGUUGUAAACGCCAUAUGCAGUUUGCUCUUCGGAUCCGUGAUGAAGUAUAUCGGAAGGAAACCGAUUAUGGCUCUUGGGGCCAUAGUCCACACCGCUCUAGUCGCUUGGUUCCUCAUUUGGAAACCGCAUCCUUCAAAUCCUGCCGUCUUCUUCAUCGCUUCCGGUCUUUGGGGUGUUGGUGAUGCCGUUUGGCAAACACAAGUAAACGGGCUUUAUGGAACAUUGUUCAGGCGGAACAAAGAAGCUGCUUUCUCUAACUAUCGCCUGUGGGAAAGCACCGGAUUCGUCAUCGCCUACGCCUACUCUACACAUCUAUGCGCUCGGAUGAAACUUUACGUUAUGUUGAUCGUCCUCGAAAUCGGCGUCUUUAUGUAUAUUAUCGUGGAGAUCUUACACGCGAGAAAACUUAGGAGGCAAAAGGAAAAAGAACGCUUGGCAGAACUUAAAGCUGCGAAACCUAAGCCCGAAGAACCAGAGGAAACAGAUGAUGAAAAAGAUGAUAUUGAUGAUGAUAUUAUUGUUACACAUUUGUAAAAAAAAAUUAUCUAUUAUACUAAAAAGAACCAGCGAUCAGCAAUAAAUAAUAAUAUUAAUAAACAAACCCUGAAAAAAAGUUGGAUGAAAAUUGGGAUAUCGAGUUAGUGAUUUGUGUUGUAUAGGAUAAUUUUUAAUUGUUGAACAAAUCUGUACAUAGUUUUUAGUUUUUAAUGAACACUAUUUAGAGUAUCGCACAAUUAUACUUAUUAUAUUUUAUCGAACGCCCUGUAUGUCAUAGUAACGCGAACCUUAUUAUUCUUUUCGCGUUUUCUUUAGUAGACUUGCCAAAAUCAUUGGGUAGUGUCUGUGAUUUUUUUAACUGUAGCGUACAAGAAUCGUUCAAGUUUGUAAGUUCUAUUUUCAAACUUGAAUUAAUUCUUGCUGUCGAUAUAAAAGCAGUAUUCAUGCAGUGUUCUAUAUAAUAAACUGUUUCAACUGACAAAAUUACUUUUUUUAAAGAAAUUUAUCGCCACUUGAAAAACAGAUGUAAAAAUAGUUCAUUGUUAUGAAUUAUGUAAUAAAUUAUUUAAGUUAAGUGUUUAUUUAUAAAAAAAAGUAUUUCUGUCGUUUAACAAACGCGUAGACAGAUUUGUGUACAGUUCGCAUUGCUAGAAAAAUAAUGUUAUAUUUAUCCUUUCCCUUCCCAUUAACCAUUUAAGUUUAUUGAAUUACAACAAAAUACAAUUAUUUAGAAAUCUUAUUUUAAUAGAGAAUGAUAGUGAUAAUACAAUAUUAGUGUCAGUAUUUUUCUGAUAAAUAAAUGAUCUUCAUUAAAA